AAAUUGCACACAAUGCAAGUGUACAAUCCAAAUGCACACAUUCCUACAUUAAAAAUGGCUGUGUGUAUAAGUUGGUGCUGCAGCGACCGUCGGCUGGAACUGAACAGAAUCAGCAAGGGAGAAUGUCACCAGCACACUGAGGAUCACCAAUAUGAGUCCAAAAGUUUUGAUGAAUGAUCACAUAGUUUCAGCAAGGCAACGUUUCAGUGUCUCGCAGGACCCCUUCAUCAGGCUACAUGCUUUUCUGCAGCAUCUCCAUUGAAGUCUAUAGAACCAAAAAUGCAAUGUUUUGCGUUUAA